AGUACCCGCUGACUCGGGGAUGAUAGUGUAUCACCCCACCCUGGAUGCUCUAAUGGCAUUCCUAACACACCAUUGGUCGGACCCCGCGCAUGUUCGGCAAUGAAGUGAUGAAAGGCCGGUAUUAACUCAUACGCUUUGAGCCACCGAAGAAAAAGGGAAUACUGGCCUGCACGACUUCGACGAAAAGACGAUCAAUACAAUCCGCAAAUAUUCACAUAAAGGCACUUGGAGAGCUUCGAUUCUGAAACUCUGGGGCCAGAAUACGACAUUAUACCCUUUACAUCUCAAAGGAGAAUCGUUUCAACCGCGUUCGACACUCGUCCACGAUGCCGGAGUCAAUCAUAUUCUCCGGGGCGAAUAACCCCCAGAAAAGCGUGAUGAAGCCAACGGCCACUUUCACCGGUGAGGUCUACCUAGACUUAAUCUCCAUGGAUGCGGCUGCCUCACUGGCAAAUGUUACGUUCACACCUUGUGCGCGUACCUACUGGCACACCCACGAGGGUGGCCAAAUGAUCAAGGUAUCGUCUGGGACGGGUUGGAUCUGUGACAAGGGAGGAGAGGCUCGUCGGAUCAAAGCCGGCGACGUUAUCUGGGCUCCGCCGGGUACUACCCACUGGCACGGUGCCGACGAUGGUUCUAUUAUGACUCACUUCGUUGUUGGCAUCGGCGAGACCAAAUGGCAUGACGAGGUCACCAACGAGGAGUAUCACAAGCGAGUGGAGAAUUAACGUGUUGUCGUACUACAUGAUAGCCUCCUCGUACAUAGGCGCACCUCUCAUCUCCACAAAGAGUGCCUGCAUUUGGAAGGAUUCUACUUGGAUAGCCUAAGUAUAUCUGCAAUUCUGUUCAGCAGAGGCCCCUAAUCAAAUAUCUGUCGACAAAAAGGCCACUCAGGCGCCUCGGAAACUUAGAUUGUGACCAUAGUUGUGUCUUAUAGUUGUGACCACCGGUUUUGAGAAGCGGGUAUAGAACCUAAAUGAAUCCUCAGUUUGUUCGGUGACGGAAGGAAUCGUAAAGGAAGUUGGUGAGGAGGAACAAGAGGGUGAUUUCACUGUGGGCAGG